AUGUUUAGUGUUUUAGGAACCUUUUUUUGUUUGCUAUGUGGAUCUCGCAAGGAACGAAAACUAUUAUUGUUAACAAUACAAGACUAAAAUCACAAUACGUAUUACAUUAAAGCUAAACCCAAUAUGAAAAUAGAGGAGAUAAAAUCAAAAUGUGGUAUUGAAUCAGAGAGAUCUUCUUUAUUUCUUGAAAAAACAUUAUUAGAAGAUGAUGCAAAGUUAAAAGAAUAUGAGAUAACUUCAGAUACUCAUUUAACAUUACUUUUACAUGAAGAAAUAGAAUAAUGA